GUGUCUGUAGACGUUGCUAUAUUCUAUUGAAGAUGUCUAACAGUAACACUACUCAAGAGACCUUGGAAAUAAUGAAAGAAUCAGAAAAAAAGCUGGUGGAAGAGUCUGUAAACAAGAAUAAGUUUGUAUCCAAGUCACCAAGUAAGGAAGAGAUUGAGAAGGAGGGUGAGGAUACUAGCGUUCGGCAGGAGACACAGAGACGGGCUUCCAACCAUGGGCAUGCCAGAAAAAGAGCCAAGUCUAACUCUAAACUGAAGCUGGUACGGAGCCUGGCAGUGUGUGAGGAGUCCUCUGCCCCUUUUGUUGAUGGGCCACUGGAAACCCAGGAUAUAAUUCAGUUGCAUGUCAGUUGCCCCUCUGACAAAGAGGAAGAGAAGUCCAUGAAAGAUGGAUCUGAAAAAGAAGACAAAGACAAAAAUAAAGAAAAGGUCCCAAGGAAAAUGCUGUCUAGAGACUCCAGUCAAGAAUAUACAGACUCCACUGGAAUAGACCUACAUGAAUUUCUAGUAAAUACACUGAAAAAAAACCCAAGGGACAGAAUGAUGCUGCUAAAGUUAGAACAAGAGAUUCUGGAAUUCAUUAAUGACAACAAGGCUGUCCCCAGUAACCAGUUCAAGAAAUUUCCUCAGAUGACCUCAUAUCACCGGAUGCUAUUACACCGGGUUGCUGCCUAUUUUGGAAUGGACCACAAUGUUGACCAAACUGGAAAAGCUGUCAUCAUCAACAAAACCAGUAACACAAGGAUCCCUGAACAGAGGUUCUCAGAGCAUAUCAAAGAUGAGAAGAAUGUAGAAUUUCAACAGAGGUUCAUCCUGAAGAGAGAUGAUACCAGCAUGGACCGGGAUGAUAACCAGAUCAGAGUUCCAUUACAGGAUGGAAGGAGGAGCAAGUCAAUAGAAGAGAGAGAGGAGGAAUAUCAAAGGGUUCGAGAGAGAAUAUUUGCCCGAGAGACUGGCCAGAACGGAUAUCUAAAUGACAUCAGACUCUCCAAAGAAGCCUUUUCUUCUAGCUCUCACAAAAGAAGGCAGAGUUUUAGGGGGAACCGUGAGGGGCUGAGCCGUACCUCGAGCAGCCGCCAGAGCAGCACAGACAGCGAGAUCAAAUCUCUGGAGCCCCGGCCCUGGAGCAGCACAGACUCAGAUGGCUCUGUCCGCAGUAUGCGGCCACCUGUUACCAAAGCCAGCAGCUUCAGUGGGAUCUCCAUUCUCACCCGGGGUGACAGCAUUGGGAGCAAUAAAGGAGGGAGUGCAGGAAGAAUCUCCAGGCCAGGUUUAGCACUAGGUGCCCCGGAAGCGUGCAACCAGGUCACCUCAUCCCAGCCUGUCCGGGGCCUUCUCCCUUGUACUACCCAGCAGCAGCAGCAGCAGCAGCAUCCAGCUCUCCCACCCACACCCCAGCAACAGCCACCCUUGAGUAAUCACAUGAUCUCACAGCCAGUCUCAGCUCUGCAGCCCUCUCCGCAGCCUGUUCAAUACUCUCCAAGCUCCUGUCCCCAAGUCCUUCUGCCAGUCUCUCCGCCCCAGCAGUACAAUAUGACGGAUGAUCUCAGCAACCCCUUUGGGCAGAUGAGCCUUAGUCGACAAGGUUCCGCUGAAGCAGCUGAUCCGUCCUCAGCCCUGUUCCAGUCCCCACUUCUCUCCCAACACCCUCAACAACCUGGCUUCAUUAUGGCCUCCACAGGCCAGCCUCUCCCCACUUCCAACUACUCCACCUCCAGCCACGCUCCCCCAGCGCAACAAGUCCUGCAGCCUCAGGGCUACAUGCAGCCCCCACAACAGAUACAGGUUUCUUACUACCCUUCUGGGCAGUAUCCCAACUCCAACCAGCAAUACCGACCUCUUUCUCACCCGGUGGCCUACAGCCCCCAACGUGGUCAACAGCUGCCUCAGCCAUCUCAGCAGCCUGGGUUACAGCCCAUAAUGUCCAACCAGCAGCAGGCAGCUUACCAGGGCUUGAUGGGUAUCCAGCAGCCACAGAACCAAGGCCUUCUCAGCAACCAGAGGAGCAGCAUGGGGGGCCAGAUGCAAGGCCUAGUGGUCCAGUAUACUCCGCUACCUUCAUACCAAGUUCCAGUGGGAAAUGAGUCCCAAAAUGUGGUCCAGCAGCCCUUUCAGCAACCUGUGCUGGUCCCUGCUAGCCAGUCAGUUCAGGGGGGCUUACCAGCAGGGAGCAUGCCUGUGUACUACAGUGUGAUCCCACCAGCACAGCAGAAUGGCACAAGUCCUUCAGUAGGGUUUCUGCAGCCCCCUGGCUCUGAGCAGUACCAGAUGCCUCAGUCUCCUUCCCCCUGCAGCCCACCACAGAUGCCACAACAGUACUCAGGAGUGUCCCCAUCUGGACCAGGUGUGGUAGUCAUGCAGCUGAAUGUCCCCAGUGUUCCCAAUGGUUCCCAGGCCCCACAGACCCCAUCUAUGGUUCAGUGGAGUCACUGUAAGUACUACAGUAUGGACCAGCGGGGGCAGAAGCCGGGAGACCUGUACAACCCUGAGAACAGCCCCCAGGCCAACACACAGAUGAAUAGCCCUAUCACAUCACCCACUCAGUCCCCAACCCCAUCUCCCGUCACCAGCCUCAGCAGCGUCUGCACAGGACUUAGCCCUCUUCCUGUCCUUACACAGUUCCCCCGGCCUGUUGGCCCUGCCCAGGGUGAUGGGCGCUACUCCCUCCUGGGCCAGCCAUUACAGUACAAUCUGUCCAUCUGUCCUCCUCUGCUCCAUGGCCAGUCGACUUACACAGCACACCAGGGACAGACUGGAAUGAAGCAUGGAAACCGGGGGAAGAGGCAGGCACUCAAAUCUGCCUCCACGGACCUGGAGACUGCAGAUGUUGCCACAUCCUCUCUCCCCCUUCCAGUCCUGGGGCAGGUGUUGAAGGUGACAGAUCUCCCUAAGGGCAGCACCCGUGCAGAGGCCGACAAACUCUUCACGCAGUUUGCCAUGUCUGGCGCCAAGAUCCGAUGGCUCAAGGACGCUCAGGGGCUUCCAGGCGGCGGGGGCGGGGGCAGUGGGGGGGGGGGGGGACAACAACGGGACUGCUGAGAAUGGCCGGCACACAGACCUCGCUGCCUUAUACACCAUCGUGGCUGUGUUCCCCAGCCCCUGGUGGCCCAGAAUGCCUCCCUCCGCCUCAACAACUCUGUGAGUCACUUCAAACUUCGAGUGGCCAAAAAGAACUAGGACCUGAGGAUCCUGGAGCGGGUCAGCCCCUCAUAGGCAGA